AUGGAUUUACCACAAUCAAUAUUUCAUAGUUUUUAUGAUUGGGAAUGGAAGCUGAAAAAAGAAAGGAUUCAAAUCCUUAUUUGGCAUUUUGUCCCUGAUUGGUUUUCAUAUUGGCAAAAUUACGCAUUCAAAAACCAUAAAACGUCAUCAUUAAAACAUUCACGACAUUUUCUCUGCCCUGAAGAUGCUAAUUCCUGGUGUAAAUUUCAACAAACUAUAUCAACUAAUGCCUUGGAAUCGUUUGUCGAUAAACCAGGACUUUCCGAAGAUGUUGCUACAAAUUUAUUUCCGAUAUACGAAGAUCUUUUGGAUCCAAAAUUAUUGCAAAGAUGUGCUGGGGGAUUCACCCGAAAUAAUAAUGAAUGUUUCAAUUCAUUAAUAUGGCAAAUAGCACUGAAAUCAAAUUUCAAUAGUUCCAUUAUGCUUUAAAUAGGUUUGUUUAUUUCAACAAUAGCAUUCA